AAAUGAAAACAAAAACACUACCACCAGUGCAUGGGCUUGUCUCAGAGAGCUUGCUGCUGCUGCCACCACUGCUGCAGUGUUUCUGAGAAGACGGAGCCCUCACAGUUGUGAACUUCUGUGGAUGGGAAGGCACAUUGGAGCCUCCGUGCCCACAGGCUCCUGUCUCCUCAGCAUGGGGCCCGCCCCCUUGGGGGUAUGCUCUCCACAGGUGGCUGGGGACAGGGAGGUGAGCCCACCUAGAGCUGCAAACAGAGACCCUCCCCACCCCCACCCCAAUGGGGGAAAGGGAAGGAGGGGUUGGGGAAACCGGGCAUAGAGUUCAGCUUUGUUGCCCCUGGCUGCAAGGCCUUGUGUUGGCUGAGUUUCGCUCUCUAGCCCUCAGUUCCCUAUUGUAUAAAAGGCAACAUUGGCACCUGCAUGCUCUCUUUCUCAGGAUCAGAUAAGAAUGUACUAAAAAGUGGAUCAGAAUGUGCUGAGUCUGGGGUCAGCGAUACGUGGCAUCACUGUGCUUACCCAGGAGGCCUGAGACGCCUCUCCAUCAGAGCCCAAUGCUACCCAGCGCUCCUCUCCCCUUUUCCCAUUCCUUGGUCAACAUUAGUUGGUGGCCUGGCACCAAUGUCCAAGAGGUGGUGUGACAUAAAAGAGGCACCUCCUGGGGAGUCAGAUGACCUGGAUUCCAGCCCUGACCAUGCCAGGCUAACCACAUGGCCUUGAGCCUGCCACUCGACCUUGCUGGAACAGUUUCCUCCUGUGCUACGUGAGGAUGCUACUGCUUGUUUGAGAGACAAAGAAGAUCAAGGUGGUUAAGCACUCCCCAGCCCCAAAAGACUUGGACAAAUUGCAAAACCCAUAAAAGUCUUGCAGUGAGCUGCAUACUCCAUCGCUAGAUCGAAAGCCAAAUAGUUUUGUUGCGGUGAGUGUCACCACCCCUCCUCAGGCAUUCUGGACGAAGCAUGCACAGACGGAGAUCAUUGAGGGAACCAACAAUCCUAUAUUUCUAAGCAGUAUUGCCUUCUUUCAAGACUCUCUUAUCAAUCAGAUGACACAAGUCAAACUCUCCGUGUAUGAUGUCAAAGAUAGAUCUCAGGGAACAAUGUAUUUACUGGGCUCUGGAACGUUCAUUGUCAAAGAUCUGCUCCAGGACAGGCAUCAUAGGUUGCAUCUAACACUAAGGUCUGCAGAGAGUGACCGUGUGGGUAACAUCACCGUGAUUGGCUGGCAGAUGGAGGAGAAGUCAGACCAACGGCCACCUGUGACCCGGUCUGUGGACACUGUCAAUGGGAGGAUGGUUCUUCCCGUCGAUGAGAGCUUGACGGAGGCAUUAGGAAUCCGAUCCAAAUACGCUUCAUUGCGAAAGGACACUUUGCUGAAAUCGGUGUUCGGCGGUGCCAUCUGCCGCAUGUACCGGUUUCCAACCACUGAUGGUAACCACUUGCGGAUCCUGGAGCAGAUGGCAGAGAGCGUGCUCUCCCUGCACGUGCCCCGGCAGUUCGUGAAGCUCCUACUAGAGGAAGAUGCAGCCAGAGUGUGUGAGCUGGAGGAGCUGGGAGAGCUGUCCCCUUGCUGGGAGAGCCUCCGGCGCCAAAUUGUCACCCAGUACCAGACCAUCAUCCUCACAUACCAGGAGAACCUGACCGACCUCCAUCAGUACAAAGGGCCCUCGUUUAAAGCAAGCAGUUUGAAAGCAGAUAAAAAGUUAGAAUUUGUUCCCACAAACUUGCACAUACAAAGGAUGAGAGUUCAAGACGAUGGAGGAUCAGAUCAGAACUACGACAUCGUCACCAUCGGGGCGCCAGCAGCACACUGCCAAGGUUUUAAGUCAGGAGGUCUCCGCAAAAAGCUGCACAAAUUUGAAGAGACCAAGAAACACAGUUUUGAGGAGUGUUGUACAUCAUCUGGCUGCCAGUCCAUAAUCUACAUACCACAGGAUGUUGUCAGAGCCAAGGAGAUCAUCGCCCAGAUCAACACCCUGAAAACCCAAGUGAGUUACUACGCAGAGCGGCUGUCAAGGGCAGCCAAGGACAGGUCUGCCACUGGCCUUGAGAGGACACUCGCCAUCUUGGCAGACAAGACACGGCAGCUGGUCACGGUCUGCGACUGCAAGCUCCUGGCCAACUCCAUCCAUGGGCUGAAUGCUGCACGGCCUGACUACAUUGCCUCCAAGGCCUCUCCCACUUCGACUGAGGAGGAGCAGGUGAUGCUUAGAAAUGACCAGGACACCCUCAUGGCCCGGUGGACAGGGAGAAACAGCCGAUCUUCCCUGCAGGUGGACUGGCACGAGGAGGAGUGGGAGAAAGUGUGGCUGAACGUGGACAAGAGCCUAGAGUGCAUCAUUCAGCGUGUGGACAAGCUGCUGCAGAAGGAGCGGCUGCAUGGCGAGGGCUGUGAGGAUGUCUUCCCCUGUGCAGGCAGCUGCACCAGCAAGAAAGGUAACCCGGACAGCCACGCCUACUGGAUCAGACCAGAAGACCCCUUCUGUGAUGUCCCCUCCUCACCAUGCCCCUCCACCAUGCCCUCCGCUGCAUGCCAUCCUCAUCUGACCACACAUUGCAGUCCCCCUCCUGAAGAGUCCAGCCCAGGUGAAUGGAGUGAGGCCCUUUACCCACUGCUGACCACUCUCACCGACUGCGUGGCCAUGAUGAGUGACAAGGCCAAGAAGGCCAUGGUAUUCCUGCUCAUGCAGGACAGCGCGCCCACCAUAGCCACCUACCUGAGCCUGCAGUACCGCCGUGACGUGGUCUUCUGCCAGACGCUGACCGCCCUCAUCUGCGGCUUCAUCAUUAAACUGAGGAACUGCCUGCAUGACGACGGCUUCCUGCGCCAGCUGUACACCAUCGGGCUGCUGGCCCAGUUCGAGAGCCUGCUGAGCACCUACGGGGAGGAGCUGGCAAUGCUGGAGGACAUGAGCCUUGGGAUCAUGGACUUGAGGAACGUGACCUUCAAAGUCACUCAGGCCACAUCCAGCGCCUCCGCAGACAUGCUGCCCGUCAUCACAGGAAAUCGCGACGGGUUUAACGUGCGGGUCCCUCUGCCGGGCCCGCUGUUUGACGCCCUGCCCCGGGAGAUCCAGAGUGGCAUGCUGCUGCGAGUGCAGCCCGUCCUCUUCAACGUGGGCAUCAAUGAGCAGCAGACACUGGCCGAGAGGUUUGGCGAUACGUCUUUACAAGAAGUCAUCAACGUGGAGAGUUUGGUGCGGUUAAAUUCCUACUUUGAGCAGUUUAAGGAAGUUUUGCCUGAGGAUUGCCUGCCUCGGUCUCGCAGUCAGACGUGCCUGCCAGAGCUGCUGCGGUUUCUGGGUCAGAACGUGCAUGCCCGGAAGAAUAAGAACGUCGACAUUCUCUGGCAAGCUGCUGAGAUCUGCCGCCGCCUUAAUGGGGUCCGGUUCACCAGCUGCAAGAGCGCUAAGGACCGUACAGCCAUGUCGGUGACGCUGGAGCAGUGCCUGAUCCUGCAACACGAGCAUGGCAUGGCCCCGCAGGUCUUCACCCAGGCCCUGGAGUGCAUGCGCAGCAUUGGAACACGGGAGGUAGUCACCCAGAAGAACUUGAGCGGCCUGGUGCCCAUCCGAGACUUAAGGCUAGACCCCAGCCUCCUCUGUUCCAUCCCUUUAUUAGCUCUGAGCCCCAAUUUACUGAUUGUGUGGCUCUUUCUGAGCAUAGCAUACCUGGUGACCAAAUUGCGUUGCAAAUGAAUAUCAUUAUGAAAAAUUAAUAAGUCACAAGAAAAACAAAAGUGCCAGAACAUGUCCAGCCACCGUGUACCUAACUGGACAGAAGGAAUGUGUCAAACCGUGGUCUGCCAAGAAAUAUUUCAUGCCUUACAUUUUGACGUUUUGUUCUUCUGAACUGUAAAUAUCUGCCAAAUUAUUUCACCAAGAAGACUUGUUUGUUUAGCUCCUGUAGCAUCUUCAGUGCUUGUAACAUGUUCUUACGGUGCCCUGUCACUGCAUCGUUUAGCUGGCCUGGAAUUCCUUGUACCACGUCUCUACCUUCUGAUGUACAACUAUCUAUCACCUGUACCUCUCAUGUGCCCUGUUUCCAAGAGAAACGAGUUCUGUUUAAAGAGAAUUUGUAUAUUUGAUACUAUUCUUUAAGUGUACUGCUAACCCUUCCUUUUCUUUCGACGACAAACGAAAAGAAAAAAACAUGCUUUAUAACUGGCUUAUCUAGAAAAACCUAUCUAAUAGGACAUGUACUUUCUGCUUUCAUUUCAAAGCGUAGUCCCUGAAUUACAGUAGCAAACAGUUUGCAGAAUCCUACCAUUUCCUUGCUUAUGUUUAUUAUUUCCAAUUAAGGAUGACACAAAGCUGUGAAUACAGUAGUACACUGUAGCAAGAGCCAGACACAGUCAGACACAGAAAGAUCACCUACUGCAUACGCCAGACACAGAAAGAUCACCUACUGCAUACGCCAGACACAGAAAGAUCACCUACUGCAUACGCCAGACACAGAAAGAUCACCUACUGCAUACGCCAGACACAGAAAGAUCACCUACUGCAUACGCCAAAGAAAGAUCACCUACUGCAUACGCCAGACACAGAAAGAUAACCUACUGCAUACGCCAGACACAGAAAGAUCACCUACUGCAUACGCCAGACACAGAAAGAUCACCUACUGCAUACGCCAGACACAGAAAGAUAACCUGCUGCAUACGCCAGACACAGAAAGAUAACCUGCUGCAUACGCCAGACACAGAAAGAUAACCUGCUGCAUACGCCAGACACAGAAAGAUCACCUGCUGCAUACGCCAGACACAGAAAGAUCACCUGCUGCAUACGCCAGACACAGAAAGAUCACCUGCUGCAUACGCCAGACAGAAAGAUCACCUAGUGCAUAAGUCAGACACAGAAAGAUCACCUACUGCAUACGCCAGACACAAAUCACCUACUGCAUACGCCAGACACAGAAAGAUCACCUACUGCAUACACCAGACAGAAAGAUAACCUACUGCAUAAGUCAGACAGAAAGAUCACUUAGUGCAAAAGUCAGACACAGAAAGAUCGCCUACUGCAUAAGUCAAACAGAAAGAUAACCUACUGCAUAUGCCAGACACAGAAAGAUCACCUACUGCGCACACCAGACACAGAUCACCUACUGCAUACGCCAGACACAGAAAGAUCACCUACUGCAUACGCCAGACACAGAAAGAUCACCUACUGCAUGUGACUUUAGAUUUACUCUUCACUAUGUAAGGAUCAUUCAGCUGGUUCAAGGAAUUAAUGCAUAUAGUCACCAAAGGCUGUUAAAGUUAUAUACUUUUAUUUAUUUUAAAACAGUAUUUUUCAUUUAAAAAAUGGUAUCUUUAAUUGCAGAUUAAAGUUCCAACAUCUUUUCUCUCUUACUAAUGACAUAUGAUUGAUAAUGAAAAAAAAUCAAAGAAAAAAAUGCCAAAAAAAAAUGAUCCCUGACUUGUGGGCAGUUGCGGUGGAUGGAGCUGUGAGAGCAGCAGGGCGCUCUGGUUUCUGCUGGUGCCCCCUCAGUCCUCACGUGGCAUUCCCUGCAAUGCGAUGAAGUGUAACCUUAACACCCAUGUGGGGCAGAGGGUAAUUGUCCACCUGUAAAAGUAACCAAAUAGAUCAGGAAAAACUCCCCACACCCUGUGCAGGAUGGUCAGCAGCUUCUCUGUUUUCUAGUUCAUAUUAUGUUGUGCCUCCACUUUCUAUCUCCAGCUGGUUCCCCAUACACUGUAGUUUAUGAAGACGAUUUUUUUUAACCAGGCCAGAAAAAUGGGAAUGAAUUUAGAGAAGCUUGCUUUUCCAGAAACUUGACACCCAUGCAUGCUCAGAAACCCAGUCGACCACAAAAGGCAGCGACCUCUCUUCAUUCUCUCUCCAGGACUCCCAGACCUUACCCUGGGCUUUCUCUCAUUCGGUAUCAGCUCAGAGUCUGGGUCCUAGGAAUCAUAGAAGCGGUUAGCAAUGAAUGGCAAAUGCUAGACUCAACACUUUACAUCCUAAAAUGUAAGACCAUCAUGAGCACUGCAGGCUCCCUGGGGCAGGCAUCACCUGUGUGUCACCCCUGUAAGUGAAUCCACGCUUCUCCAAGUGCAGUGUGUUCACUUGUCUUCUAAAAUAAAUGAGGUGGCUGUUGUGGCAUAGCUCCUGGCGGCCUUCAGUAGGGAGUCUGAAGACACCAAACGCCAGCUCAUGGGUGGUGUAAGCUGUGGCAGCAUGACAAUAGUCCCUGGGCAGUGUCCUGUCCAGCCUGUGAUUAUUUGAAAGGCAUGUUUGCCACUUUCCCUCUUUCACAUUGAGGCGUGCACUUCAACUAAGACCAUCUUGUUUGCUUUAUUUGAAAGCGAGAGAGCAGAGUCCACAGCCUCAUUCAGUUCCCAUUACACAGCUUCCUGGUCCUGCUCCUGGUAACGUGGUUCCAAUGCCUGUAGUGGUGAGUCACGUGCACGCCCACCUCCACAGCAGGGCUAGUGGCUAGGCAGAGCCCAUGCACAGAGGAAGGCCCUCUGACUGCAGACAGCACCCCUCCCUCUCCCAGGGCUCAAGGAUGCUUCUGUGGCACCCUCCAGGGACUCCUCCCAGGACCCUGCCCCAUAGCACAGAGAAGCUGUGGCCAGGCCGAGGAGCCCCUCCCAGGGGGCCUCAAGGACACCACGGCCUGAUCCUUGAUUGUCACCACACCUUUCUGCCCAUGUGGGCUUGGCCCGUGGGCUGAGAGAAAUGAGACCAAAGGGAGCGAGAUAAGGUUCUUUGUUUCUCUCCUCCAGGGUCUGGGUGAAAAUCAGUAUGCCGCCUGUGCACUUGGAGAGCUACCAAAAGAACACCAUGAGAUUAGCCUAGGUGGUGGGUUGGUUUUGGCUUUUUAAACUUAAAGUAUUUGAGAAAAGAAACUCAGUUGCUCUCCCUUUAUGCUGAAUUUUAAUGUCACUAAGGCCUUUUACUCAUGAAAUCAGGCCAAAUACGUAUUCAAAAUCUUACUUGCUUUAGUGAGAAAUAGGCAGGAUGAAACAAAGAUGGGGAGAUGAUUCAAGAAAGGGGUCAUUGACAUUUAGUGAUGGUUUUUAGUUGCUUAUACAGUAGUAGUGCUGAGGCAUUGUUGAUGUCAGCCAGCUCUAGGUGUUCAGAUUAUAUCAGCUUUCCUGAAGUUAGGGAAACUGCAAUCAGGAGUGGUUCUCUUUGGAUGGUCUUAUAAAAUUGUUGUAUAAGUUUUUUCAACUAGUGUGACAGUCACUAUUUAUGCCUAUGGCUUGAUUCCAGCAGAGAUUUUAACACAAUGACCUGUUUUCCCUCCACAAAGUGACAGGAGUAGCAGCCACCCCGUGCUCAGCCAUAGAAUCACUAAGAUACUGAUGCCUGCAGAUGAGUUCUCAAGUGGAAGACCCCACUGGAACUGGAAAACUAGAGGAUUCCCUAAAAUUAUCUGUCACUUGGGGUUUCCAUUUUAAUUUUCAUUUCAAAAAUGGAUGCCCUUGAAAAGAAAUAAUUUAUUGAUAUAAUAAAAGUAAUCAUGGAGCUUUGAAAUAAUUAAGUCCCUCUUGCUAAAAUCUAAGACCACCUCAACAUGUACCAUUGGUUCCUAAAAAGUAUGCAGCCGAUGUGAUCAGUGGAGGUGUCCUGCCUUAGGGCAGCAGCUUGGCCUCUGCAGCAGGAAACCCCAGUUAGCACAAGCUGUCCUCGCCACCUCUGCAUGCCUCGCCCCGGGCCCUCUUGCUAGCUCGUCCGCACAGGCAGGUGGUGGGAUGACAGUGUCGGCAUGUGAAUCAGCCACAUCAGCCGGAUAUUGCAAAUUCAAACAUCUGGGGGAAAGUAAAUACAAUUUGAUUUGAAAACUACGUUGAAAUGAAAGUAUAAUCUUUGUUAGAAUUUCACAUCUGAUGUGUUCAGCCAGCUAAACUAGGCAUUAACUCUUUUAACAUGUAAAUAAAAGAUAAUGUCAAAGUUCACAAAUUAUUCUGCCUCGCUCCUCACGACAGUUUAGCACUUACUAGUGACGGGUGGUUUUUAAGCAGUUUGUACAUUUCUAUAUAAAUGGAGAAGCCAUAUCUGAAGUAGUUCAUUAAUGUAAGAGUUUCCAAAGAUUAAAGGAGAUUAACUGUGUAUAGGAACCUAUAGCUUCUGCUUUAAGUGGAAGUACGUUUUUGAUUACUGAAUGAAUGUUAGGCAAACAUGAUUGUUACUUACUCCAGGGGGCCUCCUGUGGCCUAGGUGUUCAGCUCAGAUGACACACAUCUAGCUGAGGCCUUGAGGCUCUGUGACAAGAAAGCAUAUCCAAGUUACCAAAUUAGUUAUAACAACCAGGUGGAUACUUUUCUAAACUAUCGGAGCUUAGCUUUUGAAUAAAAAUUACUGUCUUACCAAAAGUAUUUUACAUGUUCUUGAUAAUGAGACUGUCAUUUUCACUUUAAAAGGCUUGAGCAAUUGCCACUGAUGUUUUUUUUUUUAAAUGCGUGACAUAAUGGUCUUCAUACAAUUUGAAUUUUUAAAAAAAUCACUGUUUCUUGGUAACUGCAAAUUUUACAUCUCAUAAGGGGAAUUUUGUACUAAAUUUGAUAACUAGUUGAUUUCACUGCUAGUCUUAGAACAGCAUAAAACCAUCAAGUUACACUGUGCUGUGGGAACUCAUUUAUGUUUAAAAUCGCUUUUGCUGGUUAGUUUUAUGUCUACACCUGAACAUUUCCCAGAGAACUCCCCGGAUGCACUCACUGAGCAGGUGAGGCCCCCUGGCUGCUCAUCCUCCCAUGCAGUGUUUGUUUUUGCCCCCUGGAUUGCCAUGGCAACCCUCCAUCAGAUGCAGCUGAGGAUGAUGCUGGUAGUGAGUUCUCUAGGGAAGGGCACCUGUGGGCUCUCACUGGCUCAGUGGCACCUGUGCAAGAGGGAACACAUGGGGGCAGCCCACCUGUGGAAGGGUGGCUGGCUGCUACCAGAACUUGGUGAGAUCCCUCCCUCAUAACAUUCCAGCCCUGAUUGCCAGGCUGCUCUGCAGACAGUGCAUGAACCCAUUGGAUUACCUGGCACCCAGAACAACUGUCCUCCAGGAGACAGCAGACCAGAACAGCCUUCCUAGCCAGCUGGCUUUGCUACAUGUUGAAUUCUGCAAGGAAAGUCAGCAUUUUGAAUUUGAUGUGAUUACAGCUCUUGCUAAUACAGAAAAGUCCAGCUCUUUAAAGCUCUGAAGUGCAACUUUAGUAAGAGUAGUAAUAUUUCUUUUUCCACUUCAUUUGCUAUGUGAGGGAAUCUUUGAACCACAAGUUAUGAUAGAACCCCAAAAGACAUGAGCUACAUGAAACCAUUCACUUGGAAAAAGUUUGCUUCCGCUUAGAUACAGUGCUGCUUUUAGGAACGCACAACUCACAGCCCCACGCAGCAUGUGUCCAUCUCUGUGCUUCUUAAUUGCCUUGUUCAGAAACCUGCCAUCUUACGUAUGUAUUUGUUGUAAAUGAGUCCGGCACCCAUUUAAAUUAAUCUUUUUUUUAAUGUUAUGAAAAUGAUCAGUUCAUUUCAUCUUAGUUUAAGUCUUUUCUUUUUUCCUUUUUUACUGCCGUCAUUUCUUGUGCUUGUUUUUUCCCCAGUGAGGGUUGUCGAAGAGAAAAUACAAUGAAGAAUGUUGGAAGUCGCAAAUAUGCAUUUAAUUCCCUGCAGCUGAAGGCUUUCCCCAAGCAUUACAGGCCUCCCGAAGGGACUUACGGAAAAGUUGAAACGUGAACACAUGGUUUCCUCUAAUUAGCUGUUACAUAAUAAAUGUGGGUACCCUCUAGUGUCAUAUAUGAAUUCUUCAAGAAGACCUGAAGGAUUGGUUUUUAUUUUUUGUGGUUUUUUAAAAAAAAAACAUUUCACUAAAGAGUCUCUGGAGCAUGUUUUUUGUUUUUUGGGUUUUUUUCCCCAUUGGAAUCAAUAGGAGGUAAUGUUUGGCUCAAUAGUGUGGAUAGUAACAACUGCCCAUUUAAAUAGCCUUUGGCUGUAACUACACAGAUCUCAUCAAUCGCUACCUACAUGAAUCAAGCUAGGUUUGUCUGAAAUGCUAGAAGACUUUUUCCAAUGCCUGCUUGCUCACUUAUUUUUCUACAGAGUAACUCAAAAGUGACCAUUGAAUUACAAUCCACUUUGUAAAAAUCUGAAUGUAAAACAGUAAAUAAUAAAUUAAAUAAUUGGAUCCUAGGCAUACCAAUAAAUGUUAUUUGGGGAAAGAAGCUAGCACUAUCUCAUGCAGUGAGAAUAACGGGUUCUAGUGAAUUAUCCUAUCUACACUACCACCUGAAGAAGUUGAAAGAAAGAUUGAUAAAUCAACGGGAGAUAAGACUUUAUUAGAAGGUAACACCUGCAAGGUACCCCACAUAGUUGGGGCCACUCUUUUUUCUGUCCCUUAUGAGUUACAGAACAGGGAGUCUGCUGGAGACACAAAGCCAGCAGUAAGGUCCCUUUAGCCUGUCUCCUGUUCUCUGAAGCUCCCUGCCGAGGCUCCCUCACGCCCAGAGGACACAUCUCCCCUUCUUCUCUAGAUGUUAAUGUAGGGCCUCAGAUGUGGCAUGUCAACACUCCCAUGGGGAAUUUAUGACCAUAGAGAUAGUAGAAACCUAAAUAUUUUCAGAAAAAAAAUUUUUUUUGCAGGAUUUCCAAUUUAUCUUUGAAAAGACAGUACAAUCAUGUUUGAAUGUCUGAUGAAAGUGUCUUAUUUUUAGGUUUGGAAUAAUUGUUACUUUCUUAUUCUCAUUCUUAUGUAAGAUGACUAUUGAGAAACAGUUGAAAUUUAUUCUCCUCAAACGAGAUUUUGAAAGGGAUUUAUGGGCCAUAAAACUUAGGAAUUUCAUAGAAAAUUUUGUCUGGUCAUCUUUUAUAAGAUGAUGAUGAGUCUUAUCUGCACAUAGCAGAGUUUGUUUCUUAGCAGUUUGUAUGUUUUAUUGAUUCUGUUUUUGAUGUUUACAUGUUCUUGAAAAGGUUGUAAAAGAAAUACAUAUGGCCCAUAUUAAUGAUGCUGAUCCUAAUGAUUUGUGAACCUCUUAGAAAUUCUUAUGUCUAAAAGCCUAGAGAUUCUUCUGGUUCCUUUAGAAACAUGUAACAAACUUGGGCCAGGGGUGCUGAGGCAUGGGGAGGACUGCGUAUUGGCAGGAACACAGAGGGGGUGGGCAUCAGGUAGGGUGGAACUGGAUGACCUUCCACACCCCCUCCUACUCAGAAGUCAGCAUGCAAGCAGUGCCUGCUGUCUCCCAAUGCCUGCAGGGAGGAAAAUGUCUGUGAAGGACACUUUAAUGAAGGACGAAGCUCUCUGCUGCUCCCUCAAAGCUGAGUUCACUGUGGCAGGCAGGAGGCAGAGAAACUCCUGCCUGCCAAACCCACUGCACAGGUGGCUGCUGCUGGUAUCAGAUUCUCCUUUUUAAGUGUCAAUUUCUGUUCACAGACAGUUUGUUUUCAAUAUGGCUGAUUUACCCUUUCACCUCUCCACCAUCUCAUUUAAUUUGUAAAUUUUUAGUUCCAUCUUUUCUCAUAAAAAAUCUCCGUGCUUUUUAAAAAUAAAUAUUACCCACAUAGUUUUCAGAUCUUUUUUGUCUGGAGAGCAUUAAAUAUCUGCACUCAUCAAAGGGAAUAUAGCAAAUGUUGAUCAUCUGUCGGCAGUUUUGCAUGUGACACCUUUAUAUGAAUUAUUUUCCCAAUUUUUGCUUUAUGUAAUGGGUCACCAUAAAACUGUAAGACUUGGCAAAUGCUAUAGAAAAGGUUCAGGUUUCAGUAUUCUCUCUGAAGGCAUCGUUCCUGGGCUUCCGGCAGCAUCACACGCUUCCAUUGCCUGCAGGGUGAGGGUGUGUUGCACAGAGGCAAGCAGCUCCUCUCUUCUGUAGGAGCUUUGAGUUUUCAGAGGUGCAGGGAAGGCAGUUUUACAGGUUACCGUAAAAUAGAGGUUCCGUCCAGUGUUCCUUAUAAUGCCUCCCCAUUUAAAAAGAAAAGAGAUCUAUGGAAAACUGGGAAUGUAAUGUGGAUUCUGUCAGAGCUCCUACAGAGCACAGUUGCCUUUAGUUUCCUUUAAAGAUGUAAAAAUAUUGUAUAAUACAGUUUUGUCCCUACACAAUUGUAUUUGCCAAGCUUAGUGCAUUAUGAUACCUUUAUUUAUUUGUUUUAGGCAGUAUUAAUAUAUAUAUAUAAACAUAACAGUUACUGUUUUAUAUAUUCUUAGGUCAUUCAAAGCCAUGUAUGCUGUAAAUGUGCUAGUCUUUAGAAUGACACAUAAUAAAUAACUGACAAGAUAUUAAA